UAGUGACAACAAUUUUAGCAGCCGCGUGUUUUCAUUUUUCAAACCAGAAAGCUUACAAUCACAUAAAAAUCGAAGCAUCGAGUUUUAGCGACCAUGCCAAAAUGGAAAGGACUUGGAUUUAAUCACCCUUAAUUUAACAAAACCCCAUAAUUCUAAACCCUUCCAUCAUCCACGUCGAAGACAAAUUUCAGAAACCCCACAUCUUAACCCUGGUUUAACGUAAAAUCCAUGACCACUUUAUUCUUUUUUUAUUCAAUUUUUAUUUGACUCUUUCUAUCACACCCGCAUGACAGAAAUCUCUCACUCCCCUGCUGCUCUCCCUUCACAUUAUUAUAAAGUUAGAGAACACAAACAGAAAAUACAAAACAGAGUUUAGAAACAGAGAAAACAGAGCAAAAGAUUGAACAUUCAAUGUUUGUUUCCUUGCAAUGGCAAUUUUAGGCUCAGACACACAAACCCCACCGAGCAAAGUGACUGUUCCGGUUGAAAUUCACUGCGUUAAAUGCGAGUCUUGCGGCUUCACAGAGGAAUGCACCCCAGCUUAUAUCCUGCGUGUCCGAGAACGUUACCAGGGCCGUUGGAUUUGUGGACUCUGCAUCGAAGCAGUCAAGGAUGAGGCUCUGAGAUCGAGUACGCUUAUCUCUACAGAGGAAGCACUGGACCGACACAUCAGCUUCUGUAAGAAGUUCAGGGCGUCGAGUCCUUUAGAUGAAACAGAGCACCCCAUCUCUGCCAUGGGGAGGAUUCUCCGUCGAAGCCUGGAUUCACCGCGAGCUCUUAGGUAUAAUUCAAGUAGUGUCUUGCCAGGAUUUGAAGGAGUCAAGGGUCCUUCUCUUCUUCGUUCUGAGAGUUGUUUCUCAGCUCUUUCUAGCUGAAUUAUUCCUCUCAAGUUUAAAGGUAAAUAUACUAAAAAAAAAAAAGAAGAAACAGAGGAACUCUGUUUCAAUAUCAGAUUGUAAUAUGGACUACAUAUAUAUGGUCUUUAAUCCUCUAAUGUUUUAGUAUCUGAAUUUAAGGGACCUCCCAAUAGCAUAUAUCUAAUGAACUGCUUGGGGUUUCAAAGUUUCUUGUAUUUAGCGUGUGUUCUUUUAAUCAUUUUAACGCAUUAUUGUUGAGCAUAAUCCAGGCAUAUUUUAAUGUCUCCAAGGAACUUAAUGCCUCCGUGUUUAAGAUGACUGUAGCUGAAGCUGAUAACCACAACAUUGACUCUUUCCUUGAGUAAUGAACGGUGGUUCAGUUUGUCUUAAUUCUGCAUAAUUAGGAGAAAAGAUUAGGUAGAAAAGAAUCUAACAGCAUGCGAGCUUUUACUGAAAAUGGUAGUGUUUGUGCUGGUUUUGAGUCAAAUUUCAGCUUGGCCACCUGUGAAAAAUUGCUUAUAUGGAAGGGGGUAUGCAGAUAAAGAAAUUGUGGCAUAAAAGGUAAUAACAAAAAGAAGAUGAUGACAGAAAAUGAAAGUGCAAGGAAAUUUCCUACAAAGAAGAGGAGCUGAACCAUGCUUAGACUC